CACGGGUGCUCUGGUGAACAAAAUGGCGGCCACUGAUGCUCCAACUACGAUCAUUCCAGGAUGUCGGGGUCUUGCAGGUUACUGGGUACCAGGAAGUGGAAUACUUGUUCAUAAGUCAGAUAUCCAGUCAAGAGUAUCUCAGGGCUCAGAGCACUGCCAAAUUCCUGUUCUACAUGAGGUCCAAUGGGGAGCAGAUUUUCAAAGUUUAAUAACCCGCAAAUUAAUUAAUGAAACACACGCCAUUUUUAUGGAUCUUCAACAUGUUCCUGAUUCUGGAGGAACAGGGAGAAAGGCAAGCUUGAUAAAGUUCAGUAGAAGAUACAGAAGUGUAGUAAGAGCAUGCAUCUUGGAUCUGGAAGAAAAGUCUGAUGCUAAUGAACCUCUGGGUGAUUUAAGAUUCAAAGUUCCUCCAUCUGCUUCACAAAAGCAACUGUUAACACUUAUAGAGACUGUCUGGCAUCUGUGUGAGAUACUUUUUAUUGAAACGUUGCCAGGAGGGGCUGUUUUGCAUUAUUUGUUGGAAUGGGUUCAAAAUGGACAUGCGGAGAGGUAUAUUAAAGAAGUACUACAGCAUCUGCAGCCUUAUAAUAGCCCUUCAUACUGGCCAGCUAUCUACUGUUUGGUUCUCCAAGGUCGUGUUAAUGAUGUGCGUGAACUGCUUGCUCAGCAUCCUGACAGACAAGCAGGAAAAUAUGAUGCGUUUGCAAGCAUGGAUGAACUUCUUCAUAAAAUGCCCAUGUAUCAGUUGUACAUGGGACAGAGCUUAGCAGAGUUCACCAUGAAAUGGAGUCACUGGCAGCAAGAGUGUAAACAUUGUCUAGAUAAUGAAACAUAUGCUGGAAAUGAACACUUGCAAAAAAUUUGUCAGAUACUUUGUGGCGAAGAACAAAUAUUUGAUGAAAUGAUAGAAUACUGCAAGAACUGGUACGAACUUCUUGUAGCCAAACUGUUGUACUGUAAUCCAGCAGUCAAGUCUUAUGACUUACAGUACCACACACAGGCCUGCAUCGACAUGUUUGGAGGUAGUGGAAGUUUGCGCAGUUUAGACAGAAUUCUGCUCUCAGCUUUUGAAUUUGAUGUCUACGCUGUGAUCAAGGAAAGCAGCGAGGCUCUUGGAAACUGGUGGUUUGUUGCCCAUCUGACUGACUUACUUCAUCAUUGUGGACAGUUGGAUUCGCCUCCCAUCAGCCACAGUAUCAGUCUGAGAGAGUUCCUACUCCUAGAGUAUUCCGCCAGCCUCAUGUCGCAUCACAGCCUUUGGAGAGUUGCAGUGGACUACCUUCUGCAGUGUCCGGUUUACGGAAGGGCACACCUUGAGGAGUACAUUGAGCAUCUACCUCUUGAGACAGACAAGAAAGCCAUGAAAGUGCUCAGGCUGUGCGAAGACUUGGAAAUGCUUGCGCAAGCUCAGUCCAUUUGUAAGACUAUGAGCAUGAACGCGUUGAGGAAUGGGAGACUGGGAGCUGCAUUGGCUUGGUGCCUUAGAUCUAAGGACUCUACAUUUGCAGCUUUUAUUUCAGAAAGGUUUCUCACAGAGUAUUGUAAGAGCGGGGGAUUUUCAAAUUUGGACCUGAUCGACAAUCUUGGAUCCGCCAUGCUCUUAAGCGAUCGACUUACGUUUCUUGGGAAAUAUCGCGAGUUCCAUAAAAUGUACGAAGAAGGCAAGUUUCAUGAAGCUGCCAAUUUGCUGAUUUCUUUGCUGACAUCAAAGCUCGCUCCACAAAGGUUGUGGCUGACGCUGCUAACGGAUACCUUACCUCUCCUGGAACAUAAAGAGGUGAUCUUCUCAAGCGCACAGACAUACGAACUUAUGCACUGCCUCGAAGCAAUAAGGCUCUCGUUUAGGACAAAGGAGUACCUGGACCAUCCUGACAAGGAACCCACCGACGAGCCCUUGAUCAGAACUUUAACACAGGGUCCAGAGUCACAAUCAGCGAAGAGUACUAAGGCUCAAGAAGAAGAGGAAAGGGAUAAGAUCGACUUGAUUCGCUUGGCUCUGGCUCGUAACUUGUCUAGAACUAUUUUGUGAGCUUUGCGUUCAUCGGUGAAGUAGUUUAGAGAAAAGAAUGACGCGUUUUGGAAACGUAGUCGAGAGAAAAUGAAGUGCAGGUUUUUUUUAGACCACUAGUAAUAACUGAACGUACCCAGUAGAUUAAUUUCUAAAUUUGUAAGCCACGCUAAAAAGGAAGCGGUAAUGUGAACAAGAGGGGAGCUUUAAACUGUCACUUUUCAGUGACAUGUUGAAAAAUAUGCUCCUUGAGUAUGUUGUACAUUAAUAUGUGUCCUUGAUUUAUGAAUAAACUGUAACUAGUUUUGAUA